UCGGGACGCAGAGUGUGCACGAAUCAAACGGUUGCGCUACAUCAUGGCGAGAACUUAUGACCAGGAGCUGGCGUUUCUGGAGAAGAUCACCCCAACUUGUUGGAAAAUCAAGAAAGGUUUUGUCCCAAACAUGAAUGCAAGUCUUCUGCAUCAUACGACUAAGUUGUCUUGAGCAUAGGUUGAAGGUGUUUUCUACGUAAAUAACUUUCUCGAAAAACUUAUGUUUGACGAACUACGAAAUUUUACACGCAGUGGAGAUUAUGGUGGGUUUCUACCAGGAAUGAAGCAAAUAGGGAACGUUGCAGCGUUACCUGGAAUUGUUCAUGUAAGUCAUGUGGCUUCGCAUACUUGAGCAUACGCUUUCAUUAAUAUUAAACUCAGUAAUAUUUGGGAGCCUCUCACGUUUGUUUCCUGUUUUUUCUUCAUUGUGAGUUUUCAUAUAGCUCUUAAAUCACUUCCCACAAAAUCUCGAGCACUCCUAAGACGUAUUUAUUUUUUACCUAAAUGGUUAUAUUUACCAACGGUGUUAGAGCAUAUUCGAAUUUAACAUUCAGUCUUCAGUAAUAAGGAUAGGAGGUCUAUUGACCUGUAUUAAUCCUUGCAGUUUGUAAUACUCUGGAGGUCCGGUCUCGUCUUGAAUAUAUCAACAGAAGGUGCUGAUAUUACGUGUUCCGGUAGGGAAUUCCAAUAAUUCACUACUCGAAGAGAGAAACGAAGCUCCAGACGUAAACGAUUUGAUUUCGGUUUUUGAAUUUUUUUUUUGUCCUCUCAAACGAUCAGUCUUGUUCAAAAUCGCGCGGAUAACAUGGCUCAUAGGUAUCGAUAACAUAACAUAGUUUCAGGAUCGGAAUUUCUUUUUUGAUUCAAACUUUUAAAUUUAUCCUGACAUCGAAAGCACAAUGAACUUGCAAUUUCGGUGGUCAGUUUAUUUGGCAAAUUACCACCCAUAUUUCCUUGCUUAGUGCAAAAUGUGUAUAUCUUUACCAAUAUUUAGUUAUUUUCUAGUAUUUGUAGGUAAGUGCAAAGUACAAGAUAUUCCUCUGGACUCGUAGCCUCAUAUAAUUUUACAGCGAGCUUUUAAUUAUAUUUUAUUGCACAACAAGGCGUUCAGUCGGCUUACCUGAUGUACAUUCUGGAUAUGGUUUUGCCAUCGGUAAUAUGGCUGCAUUUGACCUGACCAAUCCAAAAUCAGUAGUCUCACCUGGUGGUGUUGGAUUCGAUAUCAAUUGCGGAGUCCGACUUAUACGUACAAAUCUGAAUUUAAAAGAUGUUCUUCCAGUAAAAGAAAAGCUAACUCAGACUUUGUUUGAUCAUAUUCCUGUUGGUGUUGGUUCCAAAGGUAUCAUACCGAUGGAUGCUCAAGCUCUGGAAGAAGCUUUAGAAAUGGGUAUGGAUUGGUCUCUGAGACAAGGGUAUGUCUGGGCGGAAGAUAAGGAGCAUUGUGAAGAGUAUGGUCGUAUGCUUCAGGCUGAUCCGUCUAAAGUUUCUUCACGAGCAAAAAAACGUGGUCUUCCGCAACUUGGCACUCUUGGAGCUGGUAAUCAUUACGCUGAGAUACAAGUUGUGGAAGAAAUUUUUGACAAACAUGCAGCAACUAAAAUGGGCAUCAAUCAUUUAAAUCAGAUAGUACUAAUGAUUCAUUGUGGGAGUCGAGGAAUGGGUCAUCAAGUUGCAACGGAUGCUUUGGUCGCCAUGGAAAAAGCGAUGAAACGUGAUAAAAUCGAAGUAAAUGAUCGGCAGUUGGCAUGUGCACACAUUAAUUCUGAAGAAGGUCAAGAUUAUUUGAAAGCAAUGGCAGCGGCUGCCAACUACGCCUGGGUUAAUCGAUCUUCUAUGACAUUUCUUGCAAGACAAGCCUUUGCGAAAAUUUUCCAUUCUACACCGGAUGAUUUAGAUAUGCAGAUUAUAUAUGAUGUAUCACAUAAUAUCGCUAAGGUGGAAGAACAUUGGGUAGAUGGCAAAAUAAAAACUUUACUAGUUCAUCGUAAGGGAUCUACUCGAGCAUUUCCACCUCAUCAUCCCUUAAUUCCUGUUGAUUAUCAGCUUACUGGGCAGCCUGUACUUAUUGGUGGUACUAUGGGUACUUGUAGUUAUGUUUUAACUGGUACUGAAAAAGCAAUGACUGAAACUUUUGGUUCAACAUGUCAUGGUGCUGGUCGUGCAUUAUCUCGAGCCAAAUCGAGACGUAAUCUCGACUAUACUGAUGUUUUAGCACAGUUACAGGAAAAAGGUAUAUCAAUACGAGUUGCUUCACCUAAACUUGUAAUGGAAGAAGCUCCAGAAUCAUAUAAAAAUGUAACAGAUGUCGUAGAUACCUGUCAAGCAGCUGGAAUAAGUAACAAGGUACUCAAACUACGUCCAAUUGGAGUAAUCAAAGGUUAAUUUGAUAUUUUGCUUCGGUCGAUACUUUCUUCCCCUCCCAACUAAACCCAUGAAUUCAAUACCUCUGUACACAAAAUAAAAUUGUUCUGUAUACUAUUGUUACUUGUUUGAACGGAAAAAAUGUGAUAUUUUUAAUUGUGUGAUAUUCACUGCCAAAUAAAAUAAAAAUAAUUAUUAUUAAA